AUGGAAUCUCCCAUCUCGCCGAACUUUGAGGCUUUGGACCCAUUUUUACCCUCCUUCCUGCGGAUUCCUGCCUCCCUAAGGGAUGCCUUGGACCCAGCACCUUCCCCCCGGCGCGUGGACACGGUGCACCGUGCCCGCAACGAUGUGGCGCCGCCCAAGCUGCGGUUGAACGUGCAGUCUUCGCCACGGAAGCAAACGGUAAGGAGGUUGGCCUCAAGCAGGGCACAAGAGGAACAACAUGUGGCCAAGAUGCCGGAGAUAGCUGCUGCCGUGCUGCCAAAGCAUCUGGAUUUCCUCUUUGAGGCCGAGCGAAAAGGCACCAGCUGCACCGAGGGAGUGGAGGCGCUGGGCGCCCGCGACUUCUUUCAGACGGAUGAGUUGCAAGAAAAGAUGAAAUCUUUAUCCCUUUCGGACCACUUCGAUUCCUUCGGCAAGGCGCGCUUUCAACGGCUCGGUUUGGCCUUUGCGGCGAAGCAGAUGAUGCCGCAGCAGAUGGCCAAGUACAGUUCCGUGAGUGAGAAACCUAUGACACCCAGGAAAGGUGACAAGUCUGCAAAAGCCUUCAUCAUGUCACAGGAAGCCUUGUCGGAGGAGAUACGGCCGUGGGCGCCCACAGGUCAAGAUCCCCUGGUUACAGCCAUUUUGUUUUCCUCUCUGGCCUGCUACUCCACGGGCAAAGCCGACAACAAGCGAUGGAUGGAGCACACCAAGACAAUCCUGGAUGCCAUUCAGGAGUCGGAUCGUCACAAGGACGAAGAUGUCAAAGAACGGCAGGUGGCGAUUCUCUUCGCCGAGCUGCCAAAGUUUCUGCAUCUGUUGCCCGCCUCAGUGCCACAGAGCAGUUUGGAGCUGGAACUGAACCGCGAGGACCCGGAAGACCCCCAGAUGCGAUGGCUGAGUUUGCGGCAGAACAGUCUCCUACGGCAGCCCGUUGCGGCCUGGCGCUUCCGGCGCAAUGAGGUACUCAUGCUGCUGCAGGUGCUGAAGGCCUGGACCUUGUCCUCUUGGCCCAAGGGCGGAGCGGAGAUGGGCAUGGAUCGCGCCAGCUUCUGUAGAUUCAUUUUGGAUGUUGGCUUGGUGGACCAGCACAAGGUGCCAUACUUCUGGGCCGUGCACCUCUUCGACCUGUUGGCCAAGCAGAUCCGUUUCUGCGCCGUGGACGAUCAGAUGCUGAGCAGUGCCCCGCUGCUGCCCGUGGUCUUUUGGUGGGAUCUCUUCCCGAUCGUGGAGCACUUGGCUGGGCAACACUUUAAGAUCGGGCAGAGCAAUCUGCGGGUGAAAUUCAUCGAACACCUGGCGGAGAUUGCUCGGUUGCGUUUGCCCAGCUUUGCGCAGAAGGUGAUGAACAUCAGCAAGGAGCACCUAGAGUUGAUGCACCAAGGUGUGGGUGUUGAUGAUGAACAGAUGACCAUCACGGAGGACGAGACUGGAAAGCGUACCAUUACCAAGUCCAGGAGCUUGCGAGCGCAGAAUGAGAAGGCCAGCAGUAAGGUGCAGCUGCAUAUCUUGGAGGAUGCGGCCAAGCAACGGCAGAAGAGUUUGUUGGUGGAGCCCGAGGUCUUGCAGCUGCUGUGGCAACACGAAGAGGUCUUCAAGGCUUUGCACAAAGCCUAUGCAGACGACCGAGGCCACAUGAGUUUCGCUGCAGUUGUGCAACUUUGCAGUGAUUUCUCGCUGGCGCCCAACCUCAUCAGCCUUCAUGCCCUAAGGAAGAUUUAUGAGUCCUUGGAAGCCUUAGACAUGGACAUCGAUGACAUCAGGCGCUGGUUUCGGAAAGGGAAGGGGGGGGUUCAAGGGGCUGCUGUUCACUGUGCCGUUCACCGCGCCAUCCGCGACGCCAUGGACGCAGCGAUGCUGAUCACUUACCUCACAGAGCCAAAGAUCACCCUGGCCUUUCUCUUGGCCCUGUCAGUGAUCACUGGAGCUCUCAUCGAAACGUUAAAUCAGCAGGGCAUCGUGCUGUUGCAGCUAGCCAUCAUCGGCUGCACCCGGGGCUACGUUUGGAUCGGCGAGACCCUAGCGGUGCUGAAGUUGUUCUAUGACCGAGGCAAUGUGCCCUUCCUUUGCGGUGGCCUGUUUGGUGGCAUCCUGAUGAGUUGCUUCAACCUGCUGAUGCUGCUGGAUGCAGUGCAAGCGGCCCUGAAGUGGCUCCCCAAGCCGCGACCGCGACCUGCCAAGGUUGCCAAGGCCGACGAGAUCAGCAAUGAGAGCCCAAUAUAUCUGUUGAAACGCCAAGAUAAGGAGCUCCUUCAUAGGCCUAUGAAGUACCAUAUUUUCUGUGAUGGCACCGUCGAUCAAUCCUAUCAUUUAGAAGGUGAAGGGAUGGACAUGAUGAAAGCCAAGAGCCUCAAUCCAAGUCGCGGCAGACAGGCGAUGCGACGCAGCUCCAUCCAGCAACCCAAGCCUCCAGCAAGCCCGAGUCCAUCCAGCUCACUGUCGGGCCGACGUUCUAGCCUCUCUGUCAGCAACAAGAAGAGGGCGAUGCUGUCUGGGGUGGAGAAGAAGCGCUUCACGGCCUCGCCGUCGCCGGAAACCUCCAAGACCACCACCUCGUCGCCUGUGAGCUCAGCCUCGUUGAAGCGCCGCGGCUCCCUACAGGCCAGCUUCGGUACCGCCCAAGCGCGAUCUGGGUUGAUGCUGCCCUGGGAGAUCAUCUCUAUGAGGUUGCGGGAGGGUGCGAAGAACGAACCCUGCAGCGCCUUUCUGCGAUCUCCAGCCUUGAUGGAGCUUCUUUGUAAGGUGGCGUUUUCAUACCUGGGCUGCUAUGGCAACAUGCAGCAGCGCAGUAUGUCGACGUUGAUGCAGAGCGUGUGGCUGUUGGUGUACAUGCGCUUCACGGCGGAGUCCGUUCGCGGCAGCUUGGAGCGCCGGUCCUCGCUCGAGGGCCAGGCCGGCCAGGAUGGCUAUGGGGCCCUAGGCCGUGCUGCGCGGCUCUUGUGUCCCGAAGUCUGGAAGAUCAAGGCGGCUCCUGACUUUCAGGAGGUGCCUCUGGCCUGUGUGAAGCCUGUACCUCGAGAGGUCUUACGUCAGACCACCAAACAGGCCUCGGAGGCACCCCAGGAAGGAGUUCCAUAUGUGAUGGAGAAACGCUGCCAAAUUUGUAAGUCUGAAGUGGAAGUUGCAAGCUGGGGCAAUAUUAGGUGCUUCGGGUGUUCCAGGGUGGACUCCUUGGCCUUCAGGCGACAUCCCUUGGUCUCAGUGCUGCGAAAGAGUGGCGAGAAGCCAGUGGCGCUGGCCGGAAAGGUCCCCCGAGUCCGCAAUACGUCCUUGUCGCCCGUGCGGUUUCAGGGCCCGCAUGGACAUGGCGAGUUUCUCAGAUGUAAACCACCUACUUGGAGUAUCGUCCCACGACGAGGACAACGACACCCUGCGGCCUGACACGGAGCUCCCGGGCGACGAGGACUUUGAGGUCGCCGGCCUGUCCCGGGGCUCCUCCCUGCGCGAUGGCUCCUUCGCCCCCUCCUCGCAGUCUUGAUGAUGAAGUUCAGCCGGUGCAAUGUGAGUCCACGGUUGACAGUCCCCAUUAAGAAAAACAUGUGCUUUGAGCAAAGAUAUGCCCAGAAAAUCAGAAACAUAUAAAUGGCUUAUUGACUGAUUCCAAUCAGUCAUCGUGAUUUCGAGAAGUCGCACAGCCCCAAGACGGGCCUUUAUUGUUUGCCCUUCCAUUUGCGCCAUGCCCUGUGUCAAAUGCCAUCACUGGGCAGACUGCCAAUGGAAGGGUUGGAAAAGUCCUGGAGAGUGUCGAGGGCGGAAACCGCACCUCUGAUCAUCGGCUUCGUGCGUGGGAAA